AUGAUGCAGACAGGGCGAGUUCGAGUUGAGGCUGGCAACGUGACAUUCGUUGUCCAGCACGAGCUUUGGGACGGCAACAUUCAGGACCACUCAGACCAAGGCGUGGCCAUCCUGGCGGAGGUCGUAGGUGAGACCGCGCUGCGGUUCAACUGCUUCGACCGAGAGAAGAGCUACGUCUACGGACCCAGUGGCAAGGACGUCAAGUUCCGCAUGGACGAGACGGUAGACGGCAACCCCAUCGGCUGGACGGUGAAAACGCUGCGCACCAACAUAGGGACCAUGCUGACGGAGGCGGGAUACCCAGAGGCCGCCGGUGCGGUUAACCUGGGAGCCGUCGACAAGGCGCUGAACGAGGUUGAAGAAGCGGCCCGCUACAAGUUUGCGGCCGAGCGCAACACCGUAAAGCACAACCGAGGCACCGAUGUGUUCGAAGCGGGCAACAUCAAGUUCGGGUUGGAGAACCGCAAACUGGGGUCGGGCGACGGCGGAGUGGCCAUCCACCUCCUGGCGGACCUGGCUGGCAACACGGGCCGGGUGUUCACCGAGGAGACGGAGCUGCUGGCCUUUGACUGUUUCUGGGACGGCCCGCACUACCACUAUGGGCCCCGCAACAAGAACCACCGGAUCUACUGGGACAAGACACUGGUGCCGGACCCGCUGGGCUGGUGCCUGGACCAGUUCAAGAGCAAGAAGCUGGGAGCGAUGCUGGAGCGGGCCGGGUACCCCGGUGUUGCCGCCGACCUGGACGAAGACCUGAUCGCCUCGGUGCUGCCGGCGGUCGAGGCCCGCGCCCGGGAGAUGGAGGCCGGGGGGGUUCCGGCCGAGGUCACGCCGAACCUGGUGCAGUAG